UUCUAUUUCUUCGUCGUCAAUCUCGGGCCUUAUUUUCUUUUUCUCUUUUCCCUGUCCACACGGUUUUACCUAGCGAAGCACAGCAGCGCCAAAUUCCAUGGCUUUUUCGUCAGCCUCCAGCUCGCAGGUGCUGCUGCUUCACCAUCCCAAUCCCACGCGCUUGCUUCUUCCGAUUCCCAACACGCGCGGCGCGAAUGGACCCAGGCAGCUCCCGCUCCGUCUUCGACUCCGCUCCUCGUCAUGCCAUUUCCCGCCAAUUCGACCGUCUUAUGCUGCCACGCGGAGGACGAAAGGCAUUGCCACGAUUCCUUUUGCGAACGUCACCGGAUCGGCGUCUGACCCGAUUGUGAACGAGCCCGAGCACAAGUCCGACGUAUCGGAUGCCGACGGCGACGAGGAGUGGUCGUCGAAGAAACUGGUAACGUGGGGGCUUCUGUGGAGUCUGAUGCUUAGGCAUAAGUUGAGAAUUGGGAUUUCGGUUCUCUCGCUUGUUGGCUGCACUACUUGCACCCUCUCCAUGCCCAUUUUCUCAGGGCGAUUCUUUGAAGUGCUUGUGGGUGUGAGGCAGGAGCCUCUGUGGAGGCUGCUAGCUAAAGUUGGACUUGCCUACGCCAUGGAACCAAUUUUCACUGUACUGUAUGUUGUUAACAUGAACGUUGUGUGGGAGAGUGUUAUGUCGACGCUUAGAGCUCAGAUUUUCAGGAGAGUUCUGAUUCAAAAGGUGGAGUUUUUCGAUCGGUACAAGGUUGGUGAAAUCAGUGCAUUGCUGACAAAUGAUUUGGGAUCUCUCAAAGAUAUUGUGAGUGAGAAUGUUUCAAGGGAUCGUGGGUUUAGGGCACUUUCCGAGAUCCUUGGGACUGUUACCAUCUUAUUCACCUUGGCUCCCCAGCUGGCUCCAAUUUUGGGCAUCCUGAUGCUUUCAAUUUCAGUUUUAGUUGCUGUGUACAAGCGAUCAACUAUACCCGUUUUCAGAGCUCAUGGAAUGGCUCAAGCAUCCAUGUCUGACUGUGUAUCAGAAACUUUUUCUGCUAUUCGUACUGUAAGAUCUUUCAGUGGUGAACAUCGCCAAAUGUCCAUGUUUGGUAACCAGGUUCUUGCUUACCGGCGUAGUGGCAUAAGGCUUGGGAUGUUUAAAUCACUAAAUGAGUCAGUGACGAGAGUUGCUGUUUACAUCUCACUGAUUGCUUUAUAUUGUCUUGGAGGAAGUAAAGUGAAAGCUGGUGAAAUUUCUGUUGGGACUUUUGCUUCUUUUAUUGGUUACACUUUCACACUGACAUUUGCUGUUCAAGGCCUGGUCAAUACAUCUGGGGAUCUUCGUGCAACUCUUGCUGCCGUCGAAAGAAUCAAUUCCAUUCUCUCUGGAGUAGAGGUUGAUGAAACCCUUGCCUAUGGUCUAGAAAGGGAAAUCCAGGGAAAAGAACAUACAGACGAGGCAAUCAAAUUGUUCUCCGACAAUGGUCACAGCGGGAAGAGCACCCGUAACGUGCAUUACAUGUCAGCCUUAAAAUCAGCUAACAACCUAUCCAACCUUGUUUGGUCUGCUGAUAUUUGUCUAGAAGAUGUGCAUUUCUCCUAUCCCCUGAGACCUGAUGUGGAAAUUCUACGUGGUCUCGACUUGACUCUGAAGUGCGGUACCGUGACUGCUCUAGUUGGUCCAAGUGGUGCAGGAAAAAGCACAAUAGUUCAGCUACUAUCACGAUUCUAUGAGCCAACCAAUGGCCGAAUAACAGUUGCCGGAGAAGAUAUCAGGACAUUUGAAAAGACAGAGUGGGCUCGUGUGGUCUCCAUAGUAAACCAAGAACCAGUUCUUUUUUCGGUAUCAGUUGGAGAGAAUAUUGCAUACGGGCUUCCUGAUGAAAAUGUGUCCAAAGAUGACAUCAUAAAGGCUGCCAAAGCUGCAAAUGCACACGAGUUCAUAGUUUCACUGCCACUGGGUUAUGACACUCUUGUUGGUGAGCGUGGAGGCUUGCUGAGUGGAGGGCAGAGACAGAGGAUUGCUAUUGCUAGAGCUCUGCUGAAGAAUGCCCCAAUCCUUAUCCUUGAUGAGGCAACCAGUGCACUAGAUGCAGUUAGCGAACGCCUAGUCCAGGAUGCACUCAACCAUCUAAUGAAAGGCAGGACGACAAUGGUGAUUGCUCACAGAUUAAGCACGGUUCAGAACGCACACCAGAUUGCAGUUGUUUCUGAUGGAAGGAUUGCAGAACUUGGGAGCCAUUUACAGUUAAUUGCCGAAAAGGGUAGAUAUGCUACACUAGUCGGCACUCAAAGACUGGCUUUCGAAUGAUUCACCAGUCCAUUUUAACCUGUUUAACUUCCAUAGCAUAAAUAGGACCAUGGCCUUAUGUCAAUUGACAAAGAUGAGUUCUUGGACACGAGUUUUCUCCUUUACACUCUUGCAUUGAGUAGUUUGGUAGCUGAGGAUUUUUCCAAGCGACUCUCCAUAAUACAUAGUUUCUUCCUAUUCAAUUGAAAUUACAGCAUUGAGAAUGGCGAGGCAUUCAGUGGUUGGAUUGAGAAAAGUGUUCAUGAAAACAUCAAUGAUUUGAUAAACUGAAGCCACCCCAACUAAUCUGUAUUUCCAUUCUUUGUCCAAUCUCUCCCCUUCUCCACUACGGAUGCUUCCUCUCAAUUCCUCUGAAGUUAGAACCGGCUUCACCAGCAGUGGAGGAGCUCUGUAUAAACUGCCAGCAGAUAACCAGAAAUCGGGAACAAAUUCCAGAUCCACCUUUCCAGAAUCCGGGUUAAUCCUGCCCUGGAAUGCUUCCGGGACUAUAUCGAUCUUCCGGCCUGGUGGCAAUGGUAAAUUGGCAAUGCCAAGAGCCUGGUGGUCUCACUCGUCAGUGGUGGAAUGUACAGAGUUCAGGUCGAAUGAUACUGAUAUGAUCACCAUCUUUAGUGCCAAUUCCAGUUUCUGUUCCCCUUUGGCAUUGUAGUGGAAACCAGGAUAUCUGGGAGAUCCCAAGCUUGCAAACUUCCAGAGUUUUGAAGCUGAUACUGUAAGCAUCGGAGUUCAGAAGUUUGGUUUUGCUGAUGGAUGCCUGCUGUUUUGGGUUUGAAGAAGAGGAGGAAACUGCUGUAUUUCUGAAACUGGGUCUUAAAGUUGAGGACUACCAUUUGGAGAGUUUAAAGUGUAAACGUUACAAUCCUAGGUCUUAUCUAAAUAGUGGGUUGGGGUGCAAUUACGUUCCCCUAAAUAUAUUCCAUAUGUUGUUCGCAAGUUUUAAUAUAAGCCUACUUAAUUU